AUGGCGGAAAAGACCAUGGCUGAUACAAAGACCACGACCGAGCCUUACCAGGACGAGGAACAGGGUUCGCUGCAUGCCAGCGAGUAUGCAGGGCCUUCCCGCGGCCAUGGUGAACUGGAGGUCAUAGCUAUGCGUGAGAGGAUUCCAGUCCUACGCAAGCUUAGAACUGUCGAGGCGUGGCUCGACAAGAAACUGGGCAUAGAGACGACAGGUGCAGACCGUGUACCAGAAGGAGAACGUCGACCUCCAAGCAUAUUCAAUGUAAGUAAAUCACACACAUACAUAGACUUCUGUGAUUCAAUUUACCAACAAAAUGCGGCGGAACAGAUGAUCUUCUUUUGGUUUUCCAUGCUGAUCUCGCCUGGAACCAUAACAUCGGGCCUCUUGGGACCCAUCUAUGGACUUUCCGUCAACGACUCCAUCAUCAUUACGGUAUUCGCAUCAGCCAUCGGCUCUGUGGUACCUGCGUUCACAGCCACCUUGUGCGCUCAGACAGGCCUCCGCCAGAUUGCCGCAUCCAGGUUUGCGUUUGGUAUAUGGGGAUCCAAGAUAUGCGGCUUCCUCAACAUAGUGGUCAACCUGGGAUUUGGGACCGUCGCCUGCAUUGUUGCAGGUGAACUCAUUAGUCCCGUCAGCGGAGGAAAAGUCACAAUUGUCGCGGGCAUCAUCAUCCUCUGCGCCACGUCAUAUGCCAUCUCCUUCAUUGGAUUCCGCUUCAUACACCAUUACGAACAAGUGGCCUGGACUCUGGUUCUGGUUCUAAUGUGCGUCGAGUAUGGACAGACCGCAAAAUAUUUUUCGCCAACCCCAGGUCUUUCAUACUCGUCUGGUGCGGACAGGACCGGUGCUGCAUUGAGUUAUUUUGCUCUCAUCUUUGGCACUUCGGCUGCGUGGUGCUCGAUGUCGGGUGAUUACUACGUCCACUAUCCCGCAGACAUCAGCAAGUGGCUAGUGUUCGGCAUGACUUGGGUUGGAUUGACCAUACCCACCUCUUUCAUGAUUGUUCUUGGAAACCUCUUGGGAGGCGUCCUGCUCACUAACCAGAAAAUGUCGGAUGUGUACAACCAAGGAGGCAUAGGGGCACUCAUUCUGGCUACCAUGUCACCUCUUGGUUUCAGCAAGUUUGUCUGUAUCAUAUACACACUGUCUAUGGUGGCUAGUUUGACUGCCAUCUACUACUCUUCGUCUUUAUCAAUUCAACUAUGGGGCAAGCACUUCAUGGCCGUUCCGCGCUUCAUAUGGAACAGUCUUCUGGCCGGCAUCAGUCUAGCUCUGGCCUGGGGAGGCAGAGAACAUCUCCUUGCCAUUCUAACAAAUUUUCUUUCUCUCCUCGGGUACUGGACGAUUUGUUUUGGUACAGUUCUCGCCUUCGAGACCUUUUGGUUUCGCCCACGCAACGGCGGUUACGACCUAGAAGGUUGGCAAGAUCAGGAUCGGAUGCCGUUAGGAAUCGCAGCUUGCGUGAGUCUUGCUCUGGGUAUUGGAGCCAGUUUCUUGGGCAUGAACCAGACAUGGUUCAUCGGACCAGCAGCCAAAGCAAUCGGACAAGGCGGCGACCUUGGGAACUAUUUCACCUUGGUGGCGGUCUGCUUGUCAUACCCUUUUCUCAGACAUUGGGAAAUCAAGCUCUCAGGACGUUGA